AUGAUUUCAUUCACGAAUUUCUUCCCAAUUCGCGAUUCUCAUGUUUUCAGUCGUGAUUUUCUUCCAGCUCGCCCAUCUCGCGGUUUCCUUCUCAGCUCGCGAUCCUUUCUUGUUCACGAUUUGUCGACUUCCAAAAUUCUCUGCCGCCCAAUUUCCUUCAAGGCUUUGAGAUUCCUCAAUCAGAUUCAUGCCGUGCUAGCCGCAAUUUGUUAUUCGCGGUUUCUCUACUGGGAUGCAUCAAUUCGUGAUUCAAUUAGUUUGCGCUUUCCCCAACUCCCGAUGUACUGCUCGCUGUCCGCAAGUCGCGAUUUACUGCUCGUCAUUUUCGCAAAGUCGAGAUAUACUGCUCGUGGUCCGCGAGUCGCGAUUUUUUGGCGUCCAUUGGCGUGCUAUUCUCGAUUUUCUCCUGGCUCGAGAUUUACCCCUCACGAGCUAAUCGCGAAUCUUCUAGAUUCGCGAUGUGUUGGUGGUUAUUUUACUCCGACUCACAAUGCGGGUUACGAUUCUUCUAAUGGGACGCAUCUAGGCCUCGGUUCAAUCGAUUUGCGAGGUGUUGGUCCAAGCCUGUUAGUUGUGAGGCAUCAGCCGAGCUGUGUUAAUCUCCGAAAGUGGUGUCGACCCGAUCCUUUGAACAUAAAGUUUAAUUGUUUUCCAGUUUCCUGUGAUAAAUUCAUCACUAAUCGUGGUGAUGGCUCGUACCUCGACCUUUACAAUAGCCUGUUCAACAUUUGUAGCGGCUCGCAGCUCAGAUUUUACCACAGCCUGCUCAAGACUAUCAUAACCUGCUCAAGGCAUUUGUAG